UCUCUGCACGCGUAGAGCCGUCUCAACCGUCACGACAGAGCAGCCGGCUUCUGUGUGAGCCAACGAGCCGUAGACGGACAAAAACAGAGACAUACAAAAAGAGGUAGAGAGGAGAGGGGGUGGGAGUGAGCGUGAGGAAAAGGAGAGGUGCGGAGCCACAGAGGCAAAACACAUACAUUUCUGCCACUCUGACGUUUCCUGCGCGUGUGAGCCCACGAAGAGGAGAGAGAAGAGACAAAAACAAAUCCUGGGAGCGCGAGUCCUCUCUUUGAUUUACAUCACUCUCCUUUUUUUCUCUCCAUUAUCCAAUGCAUGAAGGCGAGUUUCUACUGGCAUGGCAGAAUAAAAGAAAGGGAUGCUUUGAAUGCUGCCUUUCCUUCAAGAUGGGACAAUGAAGAGGAAGGGGGACAACACACAGCAGGGACAAGAACAGGAUUUCUAGGAUGAAUUGGAGUCUUUCUGCCGCUGGGAGUAGCAGCAGUCUUACACUGAAGUCUCUGAAUGAGGGACCGGCCCCGAGGACCUGAAAAACUGUUGUGAGACGUCGCAUGUCACGCGUGACACGGCUUCCUUCUCUGACCGACUGACUGGAGCCGCACACGUCUCUGCCCCCCAAAGGGCAGCAAUCUCGGGCGGGGCUCAAGAUAAGGACUUGUGACUGUACCCGACGGCUCAGACGCGAGCGGGGAGGACGGGAAUACGGCGGAGGAGGGGCCUGUGCUUGUUGGGGACAGGCAGAACGCUGUUUGUCUGUGUGGGGAGACGGGGUACAGUAGAAGAAGAGGACCCGGCAGCGGUGAAGUGUUAUGGAGACGGUCACCUUUAGGUAGCCCGUCCAGCAUGCAGUCUGCCCUUCCCAGCUGUGCAUCCCCAGUGGUGCCAUGAUCCAGUUCUAACUGUGGGUAAUGCAGAGCCAAACAACCAAUCCUGGAGAUGCCGAAGAGAAGAGAUAUUCUUGCCAUCGUGUUGAUUGUAUUACCCUGGACUCUGCUCAUCACUGUUUGGCACCAAAGCGCGAUAGCUCCACUCCUCGCCAUCCGCAAGGCCUGUCACCAUCUAGUAAAAGAGAUCUUUAUCAUUCCAGAGAGGCUUGCAGUUCACCACCACCGACUCUCAGAUGAAGGCGGCGAGGGCAAGAGGGAGGCAGGCGGCCAGGCGCAGGACUCCAAAGAAUACUGCGCCUCGGAUAAGGACAUUGUGGAGGUGGUGAGGACAGAGUAUGUGUACACGCGCCCCCCGCCCUGGUCGGAUGUGCUGCCCACGAUCCACAUCAUCACGCCCACCUAUAGCCGGCCGGUGCAGAAGGCAGAGCUGACACGGCUGGCAAACACUUUCCUCCACGUGCCCAACCUGCACUGGAUCCUGGUGGAGGACUCGCAGAGGAGGACGCCUCUGGUGACGCGACUCCUCCGGGAGACGGGGCUGAACUACACCCACCUCAACGUGGAGACACCCAGGAACUAUAAGCUGCGAGGCGACACUCGGGACCCCAGGAUCCCCAGGGGGACCAUGCAGCGCAACCUGGCCCUGCGGUGGCUCAGGGAAACCUUCAACCCCAACAGCAGCCAGGCAGGAAUCGUCUACUUCGCUGAUGACGACAACACAUACAGCCUGGAGCUGUUUGAGGAGAUGAGAUCGACUCGGAAAGUGUCGGUGUGGCCUGUGGCUUUUGUGGGAGGCCUGCGUUACGAGUCCCCCAAGGUAAAUGCCGCUGGAAAGGUCUACGGCUGGAAGACGGUGUUCGACCCCCAUCGACCCUUCGCCAUCGACAUGGCCGGCUUCGCCAUCAACCUGAGGCUGAUCCUCUUCAAGCCUCAGGCGUAUUUUAAGCUUCGUGGAGUAAAGGGAGGCUACCAGGAGAGUAGUUUGCUCCGGGAACUCGUCACCCUCAACGACCUGGAGCCCAAAGCAGCCAAUUGCACAAAGAUACUCGUCUGGCAUACAAGAACGGAGAAGCCCGUCCUUGUGAACGAGGGGAAGAAAGGAUUCACAGACCCCAAUGUGGAGAUUUGACCGUUUUCCCUUCAGUCCACGGUAAAUAAUGACGCUGCAGCAGGUGGUUGGCCUUGGACCUGCGGGGGGAGAAAAGAGUCAAGCUCCUUAAUAAGUGCGACCAGUGCUCAUGUCUUAAUCAUCAGGAAAAAAGGAAGUGGGGAGGGUUUGAAGAGGGAUUUAAUCCUCUUGAAUGAAACUGACUUUUUCUUCUUUCUUCUUUCCUCCCAAAUAUGGACCAAAACAGGACUAAUAUAUUGCAUUAAAGCACAGAUUAGUACGAGGCAGCAGUCCUUCUGGAGGAGAGAACAUAAGGCAUCCCUCACAAAGGGGAUGCAGACACUUGUGACCUGCACUUCCACUGAAUAAAAAAAACAAAAACAAGGCCUGUGGAAGACAGCUUAAGAAAAGAGACAGCACAAUAUGAAGAGCAUACAGCCAGCAGAUUUGAGCAAGCAAGACGGGGGAAAAAAAAAAAAAUCAUGUCAUCUCAACUAAAGAAAUGGAAGGAAAUGGAAAAAAAAAGCGGACCUGGAUCUGUACACGGCGCACGGAAGAAAUUCCACUUGGGUUUCGCGACGUGGUCUCCAUCAACAGCCUUGUUGAAGGUCGAGGAGAAAGAUUUCUUGUGGGGAUUUUCUUUUGGGAAAAAAAAACAACAAACAAACAAACAUAGCAAAGGAAGGAAUGUUCUUUUGAUAACUAUGAAAUGUUUGCUUUAAUCUUAUUUAACUGGCUUAGGCAUUUUACAAACACUUGACCUGCUUGUUCAACACUUUUACCUUCAUUUACUGUUGUGUUAUCAUCGUCCAUUUAAAGUGUCAUUAAAACGUAGGUAUUUACAGUGAGACACCCUUACACUCGAAGACAAACUGCCCCUUGUGUUUGGGACCUGAAUAGAUAUAAACAUUCAAAUCUUAAUACUCUUCUUAGCACUUAAGAAACCACAGAUGUAUUCCUUUCAUGGCAACAUGUAUAAAUAGUAACGGAAGGAGAGGAAUUUUGACAGCUGUGGCGUAAUUAACGUGUUUUUGUGUUAAAAGCAAGACCUUUUUAAUUCCCCUUGCUGAAUCUGUAAAACACGUGCAACCAGGCGAAGCCCCGCGCUGGUGACAACACACGGACAGCAUAGUGGACGAACAUGAACAGAAAGUCUAGUUUGUGACAGAUUCUCAAUGCAAGAAACGACCACACACGCCCACCUGAUUGGCUUUAAUGUAGAUUCAGAUCAAAAUAAAAUAAACUGAGUUGAACUGAGUUACUAUUUCUUCUUUUCUAUGCACAUUGAAAAAGUCUGCACUGGUAAUCUGAGUCAGGUGUGUAAUUCUAGAAAGAAAGAAAAGAAAGAAAUCUCCUCAAAAUGCGUCAAAUUUGUUGCAUGGCCCCAAAAACUGCGCCCCCCACCCCCCCUUUUUUUUUUUUAAACUGCAGCUUCCAUUUGGUAGGUCAGAUAAUAAAUGAGGCUCUUAAGUGAAAGCUGGCUAAAGAAAAAGCACAAUGACAAUAAAGCAUAUUUGUACUAAUGCUUUGGUACUGAUAUCAACAUGCCAUCUUCAGUGCUGAUCCUGGCAUCUAGUAGCACUCACAUGAGCAUCAUUAAAAAGAGGCCCUGCACCCUUAACAGAGGCAUCAGCUGCAUUGAGUGCAGCAGAGCUCCCCGACCAAGUCCUUUUACACGUCGUGCAGCAGAGUCUCCCCUCCAAAUCACCCACCCGUGAUCCACACCGGUGGUUCUCAUCAAACGCUGGAGGUUCCAACACCAAGAACGCCUCAUCCACCCCUACAACCCACUAUAAACUGCUGCAGGAAGAAAACGUACCAGAGAACCCGUGUUAUUCCAUAUUUCACCCGGAAUAUGAUUAGAAAGUCCCCACAACGGUUAUUUCGCAUCUGGAUGCUCUCGUUUACCGCAAGUUAUUACACUGUGCAGGGGAUUGGCCGUGGAUAACCGCCAGCCUACCGUCCCAUUAUUUAUUCAAAAUCAAAUCUAAUAUAUUUAUUUAUAUAUUUAUUUCAAGUGUGGAUGUGCAAUUUAAUUACAGUAGCUGCCAUUGUCCAGCUGCGCUCUAAAACAGCAUGCUCACAUACUGUAUCCUGCACACGUGGACCGUCACGUCCAUCAAUGAGACGUUAACUAGUUAAAAGGCACGUCAGAAGUGCUGUUAGCUUUCUUCUCCUUUAGUGGGGUGUUCAUUUGAAUGAAAGAACCCAUUUGAAAUGUGUUAGCACUAAAACCAACCACCAGUUGUAGUCUAAAGUGGAAGAAUGCCAAUGUGUGUAUAAAAAGCAUUUGAAAAAGCAACAUUGACUUGUUUUCAUCUUGUUUAUACUUUUCAAGUGGAAAUAAUUUCUUGCUCUCAUCUUCCCGACGUUGCUUUUGUGGAGGUGCAGGCGCACUAAUGGCCUGUGGUGUACAGAUCAGCAUGUGGUCGGAGCGGUCAAACAGGAUUGUGUGAUGUUCCUCUCUGUGAUGUGUCCUCAAAGCAGCAGAACAAAUCAAAGGGCUUCAUCCUAAAUAUGAUGUUCUCGCAACUCUACCCUACAUCUGAUUUGAACUAUCUCCAAUUCAGACAGAUGACACAUAAAGCAAUAUCUCAUCCCAGCGGGGUCUACGACAACCCACCUUCUGACAGCGUUUGUCAACCUGGAGACAUCUAAUGUCUGCUAAUGUGCAUCCUCUUCAGGCACAACACACUUUACACAUUAGUCCUCCCCUUUUCCUCAUCUCAACUGUCAUCUUCCAGCCUCAUGUGAGUCACAUUUUAUGCAUGUUAUUCUAAAGGUUGUUUAUUUGCCACAGCGACUCAGUCUCAAAGAAAAAUGUUAGUUGAACUAAGAGAAAUAAAUAACUGAGA